UUUGAAACGAGUACGGUAUGUGUACCUGGGGAAAGUAUAGUUACACCCACUGAUGCAAAGUACUGCAUAGUUGGCGAGGUGGACAAUGUUACUAAGCUCUGUAAACUCUUGCAACAUCUAGUUCAUUCGAGUUUCUUGUUUUAGAAGCUGCAAAUACUUUUGGCAGUCGUUUCUUCUCGUUCCUCGAUUUGUGUUGCUGGCUAUCUGACUGUUUGGCGCAGCAGUAGCGAUGGACUUGUCUGGCUGUGUGAGCUUUACGUUGCUGUUUGCGUGUUUAGUGCUGAGCAAGCCCACAAUGCGGAAAGAUCGGGUAUACCAUGAACCCGAGCUAAGCAGAUACGAGGACAAUGGGACCCACAAGUACGACCACGAGGCCUUUUUAGGCAAAGAGGAGGCUAGCACGUUUGAUCAGCUGACUCCAGAGGAAAGCAAGCAGAGGCUUGGGAAAAUAGUAGACCGGAUAGACGUGGAUAAUGAUGGAUAUGUCACUAUAAGUGAGCUCAAGAGCUGGAUCAAAAGGGUGCAGAAACGCUAUGUCUAUGAGAACGUGGCCAAGGUCUGGUCUGAUUAUGACGCAAACAAAGACAAUGUGAUCGCGUGGGAUGAGUACAAACAAGCAACGUAUGGCUACUAUCUCGCCAACCCGGAGGAAUUUGAGGACACCACUGAUCAGUUCAGCUUCAGGAAGAUGCUGCCUCGUGACGAGAGGAGGUUCAAAGCAGCCGACCUUGACGGCGACCUGAUGGCCAAUCGUGAAGAGUUCACAGCUUUCCUCCACCCGGAGGACUUUGAGCAUAUGAAAGAUAUAGUGGUGCUUGAGACUCUGGAAGACAUCGACAAGAAUGGGGAUGGGUUUGUGGAUGAAGAUGAGUACAUAGCGGACAUGUUUUCGCAUGAAGACGGGGGUCCUGAGCCAGACUGGGUCAGGACUGAACGGGAGCAGUUUUCUGACUUCCGUGACACUAACAAAGAUGGGAAGAUGGAUAAAGAGGAGAUCCGACGCUGGAUCCUGCCCCAGGACUACGACCAUGCUCAGGCCGAGGCCAGGCACCUAGUGUACGAGUCAGAUGCGGACAAGGAUCAGAUGCUGACCAAAGAGGAGAUCCUGGACAACUGGAACAUGUUUGUGGGCAGCCAAGCCACCAACUACGGUGAGGACCUGAAGAGGAGACACGAUGAGCUGUGAUGGAUGCCUGUCUGUGCCACAUCCCCUCAGAGCAGCAGGGACAGCGCCACUGGCAUGGGUCACACCACUGCACGCAGCUGUGC